CCAUCAUCGAAUAGUGUCAUCGUAACGGAGAAAAUGCAUUCGACUGUCACUAAGCAGACGGGCUUUGUCGCCCUAAUGAUUGUUCAAAUAGUCUUCUUGGUACUUUUCUGGGUGUUCGUGCGUUAUGGCAAGGAAGCAUCGCCAAUCGAUAAGAAUUCUCAAGACUCUGGAUUAAAUGAAGAACACGAAUCGAAAUAUCCCCAUUUCCAGGAUAUUCAAGUAAUGAUUUUCGUCGGUUUCGGUUUUCUAAUGACAUUUCUGAGAAAAUAUGGCUACAGUGCUACUGGCUAUACACUCUUCCUCGCUGCUUUAGUUAUUCAAUGGGCGGUGCUAAUGAAAGGAUUCCUAAAAAUGGAGGAUGGCAAAAUUGACCUUUCAUUGGAAAAUAUUAUUGAUGCCGAUAUUGCAGCCGCUGUUCCGCUUAUUAGUAUGGGCGCUCUUUUGGGUCGUACAACACCUAUACAAUUAUUGUUUAUGGCAUUAUUUGAAAUUGCAUUGUUUGCCAUAAAUGAAUAUGUUGCAUUGGACAUUUUAAGUAUUUGUGACGUUGGCGGUUCUAUUACCGUUCAUGCCUUCGGUGCUUACUUUGGUCUGGCGGUGAGUCUAAUGUUGCGCCCCACCAAGGAUCAAAACGAUGCAGGCAAAUACGAGGGACCCACCUAUACAUCCGACAUGUUUGCCAUGGUUGGCACAUUAUUCCUUUGGAUUUAUUGGCCAAGUUUUAAUUCUGUUUUAGCCGAUGGCACUGGCCAGGAGCGGGCUAUUUUGAACACGUAUUUGUCAUUAGCAGCUGCAACAGUCACUACGUUUGUUUUAUCGGCACUUGUCAGCCACGAGAACAAAUUGGAUAUGGUGCACGUUCAGAAUUCAACAUUGGCCGGAGGUGUUGCCGUUGGCACUGUCUGUAAUUUGCUGAUUGGUGCCCAUGGCGCUGUUUUAAUUGGAAUCAUUGCCGGUACAAUAUCGGUAAUGGGUUAUCGUUUUAUAACGCCAUUUUUCACAGAGAAAUUACGUUUACACGACACCUGUGGCGUACAUAAUCUCCAUGGCAUGCCGGCCCUAAUCUCAGCCAUUGCCUCGGCCAUUUAUGCAUUGAUGGUGACUAGAGAAGAAUACAAAUCCGAUUUGGGCUCUAUCUUUCCAGCAAUGUUGAAUGAAACGGAAAUAUCAGGCAACAACAUGACCGAAAACGAUGCAACAGUCCAUAUAAUGGGGGGCUAUGGCCGCACCGCCAGUGAACAGGCUGGCUAUCAACUUUUCGGUAUUGCCAUGACUGUUCUGGUUGCCAUAGUUGGUGGUAUAUUAGCAGGUUUGGCACUGAAGUACACCGGCUUCCGGAAGUUACAAAAGGACGAACAGCAUCAGGAUGAACUCUAUUGGGAGGUGCCUGCCGAACGCAAGGAUGAAUAGUAAAGUGAAAAUAAACGAAUUUUAUUUAACAUGGCAAGA